AUGCCGGGGUUACUGGACUUUGGACUCCGGUCUGGAAUGCUCUACUUGGUCAUCGUCCUUGCCAUUCCCAUCCAGUAUUACUUGUCCAAUCGCAUGUCAGUUCCUGCAGGCCAGAGAGAGGCUUCUUUCAAAAGAUUGUUGAAUGCUUUAUACAGCUUCUACUAUAAAUAUUUAUCAGCAUCGUCAUGGCAACGCUGGUGUCUAGAUGUAUGGCAUAACAUGGAUGGAUGGAGAACAGGCAGGACAGUCUCCAUACAAGAUGAAGAUCAAGAACUGGGAGAAUCACCAGCGUUAGAAGUUUUACGCCACAAGAGUCCACAGGGUUACUUUGCAACUUCUACUGAUGUACGGUCUCCGAGGCCACCAGAUGUCAAGUUCCGUGUAGGCCAGGUUGUACGACACAAAAUCUGGGGAUAUAAAGGAGUGAUCAUUGGCUGGGAUCCUGUGGCACAUGCGCCUGAGGAGUGGCUAAAUCAGAUGCAUCCCCCGGAUAAAUGGCACUGGAGGAAGAUGCCCAACUAUUCUGUCCUGGUUGAUGUCAAGGACAGAGCACUGGCCCAGGUGACCUAUGUUCCACAGGAGAACCUCGAGGUCAUCACAGGAACUGAGAUAUCACACCCUGACGUGGACAGCUACUUUGAUUCCUUCGAUGGUGGUCAGUACAUCAUGCGACCUGCCUUGAAAUACCUCUACCCUCACGACUGA